AUGGACCGAGGCCUCAACGAGCUCCUCAAAUGGAGCAUUGAAAACACAAACACCACGGGCAACCACGAGGAAUCCAGCACGCCUCCUUCCGGCGCCGCCCCGGCCCCCGCCUCCCGCAGCAACCUCAGUCCGGAGGUCCUGGCCUCCCUCUUCGGCGGGCCCUCGGACGCCGACCUCAUGCGGGCCGCCAUGGACGUCGUCACCAGCCGCGACGACCCGGACGUCAGCCUCGAGGACAAGCUGACGGCCUUCGACAACUUCGAGCAGCUCAUCGAGUCGCUCGACAACGCCAACAACCUCGGCGCCCUCUCCCUCUGGACGCCGCUGCUCUCCAUGCUCGAGCACGAGGAGGCCGAGCUGCGCCGCAUGGCCGCCUGGUGCGUCGGCACGGCCGUCCAGAACAACGAGCCCAGCCAGGAGCGCCUGCUGGCCCUCGGCGGCGUCCCCCGGCUAGUUGCCCUGGCCACCGACAGCGAGGAGAAGGCGCACGUGCGCAAGAAGGCCGUCUAUGCUCUCAGCUCGGCGUGUCGUAAUUACCAACCUGCCAUGGACGUGUGCCACGAGGAGCUCGGGAAGGUGGGCAAGACCUUCGAUAAGGUCGACGCAAUGAACAUGGAUGCAGUGGAUGUGGUCAUGAAUGCACUCAAGGAGGAAGCAUCCAAGGAAACGGCUUAG